AUAUGAACCAGAUCUACCAGAUCUACCAGAUCUACUCCCAGAACAAGAUGAAAGCACUUUAUCUCAUCGUGAUUGCGGUUGUUUUGAUGGCUGCAACUACCGUAGCCGAGGGAGAGGAAGGCUGGCGUGGAGGAAUCAGUAGUAAUAAUCGCAGAGUUCGCUACAGGAGUCAGAUGUCUGCGUUUCGAAGCGAAGGCGAAGGGAACACGUUCCGAGGAGAACAAGAUGACGAUGAUGAUAAUGAUGAUGACUAUUGCGUACACACGUACAUUGUCAAACGAGGACAGACGAAGUGUCGCGCGGAGGGACCAGACAGCGAUGUGCAAGACCGGUUGCCUGGAUUAGUAGCGAUUUGAAUGAACUUGCGCAACGAUUUCGAGCAACUGCGAAGAGGUCUUGACCUAUCAGACCGUUCCAUGCCUAUGGCGCAGUUAUAUACGGCCUUACAGACUAUCAGCAUCACUGCUGCCGAGUUGAAAGCCCAGGCGAAAGCGUACUGUUUCUUCACGCUGCAUCCGACCGGCGGCCUGCACGGACACAACCAGCGAGAGUUGAGCGGACUCAGCGAGGAACAGUGCGUGCAGGCGUGCCUCGACGCCAGCGACUUCUUCUGCCGCUCGAUCGAGUUCUGCGGCGUCGACUCGUGCGAGCGCGGCAAGUGUUACCUGAGCGCGCAGAGCAGAGAUACGGUGCCGGCUGACUACGAUACGUGGGCACACUGGGAUUAUCUGCACAGAGUCUGCGUGGGAACCCCAUCCCCGCCUGCACCCACUGUCACACCUUAAGGUGAUGGUGACAGUAAGGAUAUAAAACUGAUACAUUUCUCUAUAAUUCGAUUUGUGUUAUCAGUACGAUGUUUUUAACAGGAGCACGGGACUUAAAAUGGAUGUCCUUCGCUAUAGAGUGCUAUGUAAGCACAUGCUAAAACACUAAAUCUUAUAAAGGUGUUCAAUAAUAGAUUUUGGCAUAUAUUCAACAUAAGAAAGAACGAUAGGAUGCAACAUAGAAGAACAUAUCACAGAUUUUAACCAAAAUAUUGAAUUAAAAGAACACCGAAUAUUAUGUCGGACGCCGAUUUGAUCGCAGUAGGUUAUUCAUUUACAAGAUGGCAGACAGUUUGGUUCACAGCGUAGUUCAUAGAAUAAGUUUUAAUAUACUUAUACCCCGUACAGACUACGAAUUUUAGCGCGCGUCAGACGCGCGUCAAACGCGCGCUAUCUUAACUUGCGCUAACUAAGAGCGUACAAACACAAAACUCUGAAGCGGCCAAAGUAUGAGUCAUCAUUUCUCCCACCGCUCAGUUCCCUGCUCGCCACGUCAUCCCACAGACAGCGUGGUACAGCGAGCGUGCGUGCGAGCGAGCGUACGUGACCUAAGUAAGGCUAUGCGCAUGCGCAUUGCACAACUUAGCGCGAGUUAGGCAGAGAGCAGAUUACAGACACAGAGUUAGAGCGGGAUAACUUGGUGCGCACCAAGAUAGCCCUGCUUCGUAAGCGGGGCCAACUUGGGGCGGGCCAGCGCGUAUUUGGAGCGGGAUAGCGUGUACACACUGCAAUUUUUUAGCGCGCGCUAGUUUGGUUCCAUAUCAAAUUCGACGUCAAAUUUGUACGGAGUAUUAAACGACUUCAUUGUAUCUUGUUGUAUCUAGUUGAGGUUUAGUUAGAUAAGCGGGCACGUUUACAUGUUUGUAUUCUACCUUGAGUAGUGUUUUAAUUAGAUUAAAACAACGUAAAGAAAUGGAUCGAUGGUUUACAUCACAAGAUGGCGAAACGUAAUAAUUUUACAAGUAAAUAGAGAUUAUCAUAGAUGUUUCAACAUUAUAUAAUAUGCAUUCCCACAUAAAUCAUGCCGUCAAACAGAUUUGGUAUAAAAUUGUAUUAUUUCAUGUUUUGUUUCGUUGCACGACAGGCAGAAAAAGUUGUUCUGGAUCACGUUUAUCCUGAACCCUUGAUUAGAAAGUACAGCCAUUUGGACAAAUGUGAUAAAACGGAAUUUUUUAAUUCUUGCUCCUUGGCGGGCUCGUGACGUCAGCAAUUACUGCUGGCACAUGCAACUGACUGCCAUUACCUGAAACCGCGGAGAAAUUCUCAUUUAAUAUUUUCAUUCAGAUAGACCUGAAAUAAUACUCGUUUUUCAGUUUAGUUUAUUUUUGAAUACAAUCUGAUAUAUUCACGUUGUACAGCGAUUUCUUACAGAUUCCUCGUAUUAGUCUCGGGAGGCCAUCUUUAAUUGUGUGAGAAUUGCAAUUUAUAUUUUCAUACAAUAUCUUUAAAAUAUAUAGACAUAUAUACUCUUAUAAUAUAGUGUUAUACUUUAACGAUAUU